AAUUAAAUUAUAGUUUUAAAGAUUGGGUCAUUGUUUUGAGACAAUAAAAUGGCUAUCGCGCGAAAAGAUGGUGGAGCAAAUUUCAGAUAUUACGAAUUUCAAGAUACUUUAGAUUCUAUUGAAUCUGUAAGGCAGUGGCUUUUAAGAAACUCAAAAAGUUUUGCUCAAGGGGAACCUCCAAAUGCAAAAGGGCUAUGCGAGUUGAUUAAACAAUUAGUACAAUACCAGGAGGAUGCAUUUGGUAAGAACAUAAGUAAUCCUCCAUUAACUAGAUUACCGAUUAAAGUUUUUAUGGACUAUUCUCCAGAAGGUUCUCUGUGUCAUCUGUUAUCUUGUGCAUUUAAAUUCAAAGUUAAUCAAGGAUGGCGUCGUUUUGACUUUCAAUCACCUUCAAGAGCCGAUCGAAAUGUUGAAAUGUUUCUCAAUAUAGAAAGAUUGCUUAAAGAAAGGGGGUUUCUCGAAUCACGUAAAAUCUAUUUAGACCCAACCAUAGAUGAGAAGCAGCAUGCUAAGUUACAAGAUAUUGUAAAAAGACAUCAGGGUAUUUUAGUUGACACAAAAGAAAAGUGUACUCAUAUUGUUUAUUCAUGUCCAACUGAUGCUCAAAAUGAUGAGGAAUGGUUACGCCCAAUUAAAAAGUACGAUAAAUAUGCUCUGGUUCAUUGGUGGUACUUUCCAGACAGUUAUGAUUCUUGGAUACCUUUGAGUGAAUGUGAUCAAGAACCUGAGCCUACUCCAGAACGCUCAAAACCAUGGGAGUUAAAUGGUCGCUGGUUAUUAGAUUUGGAUGUGUUCAAUGAAUGGAUGAAUGAAGAAGAUUAUGAAAUUGAAUGUGUUGACGGAAAUAUAGGGCCAUUCUCUCCUCAAGGAAAAGGAAUAAAAAGAAGAUUUAGAGGAAAGUCAUUAAGCGAAGAGUCAAAUGUAAAAAAAAGAAAAGCUUCAUCUCCUGAGCCUAAUGGAAAGAAGAAGAAAAAAUCUUUGAAAAAUAAAGAUGAACUUGAAGAAAAUGAUUCAACUUUGCAGCUACCUGAUCCAGAGCCUGUACCUCAAACUGUUAUGAUGCCUGUGGAUGAAUCUCAAUUAUCUCUUAUUUCAAAAACUAAUGUUGUAUUGGAUAUAUCAGAUAACAUUCCCAGAGAAAAAGAUCAGUUCACAGAUCUUAGCAACAAUCGUGAUCUUAGCAACAAUCGCGAUCUUAGCAACAAAGAAAGAAAUUUAGAAAACUCAGAAAAAACAAAUGAAAAUGGUAAAUACUUAGAAAAUGAUUCUGAAAUCCCACAUGAUGAUAACGUACCUGAGCAAACUAGACACAUUGUAAUUCCAAGCUAUGCUGCUUGGUUUAAUUACAAUAGUAUUCAUGCUAUUGAGCGGAGAGCACUUCCAGAGUAUUUUAAUGGAAAGAACAAGUCAAAAACUCCAGAAAUCUAUAUAGCUUAUCGUAAUUUUAUGAUUGACUCAUACCGCUUGAAUCCAACAGAGUAUUUGACUGCUACUGCUUGCAGGAGAAAUUUAGCAGGCGACGUAUGUGCUAUUACAAGAGUGCAUGCUUUUUUGGAACAAUGGGGAUUAAUUAACUACCAAGUAGACUCAGAUAGUCGUCCUCUUCCAAUGGGACCUCCUCCAACUUCACACUUUCAUGCCUUGGCUGAUACUCCAUCUGGUCUGCAACCAUUGCAACCUGCAAAGUCACUUGUUUCUGCAUCACAACAGUUAAUAAAUCUUGCAGACAAGAAAGAUGAAGCAGAUGAAGAAAAACACUCAGACAAUAAUUUUGGAUUGAGAAAUGACAUUUAUCUAACAAAAAAAAAUCAGAAGAGUCGCUCCGCUGCUUUUAAAGAUUGGACUGAUCAAGAGACUCUGUUGUUACUGGAGGGCUUAGAGCUUCACAAGGAUGACUGGAACAAGAUAUCAGAACAUGUUGGAUCAAGAACUCAGGAUGAAUGUAUUAUGCAUUUUCUUAAACUUCCAAUUGAAGACCCUUAUUUGGAGAAUGACAGUACUUUUUUAGGACCUCUUGCAUUCCAGCCAACUCCUUUUAGUCAAUCUGGUAAUCCUGUUAUGUCAACUGUAGCUUUUUUAGCAUCAAUCGUUGACCCUAGAGUAGCUAGUGCUGCUGCUAAAGCAGCUGUUGAUGAGUUUUCCAAGCUCAAAGAAGAAAUCCCAAGUGAGCUUAUUAAUGCUCAUAUUGAAAAAGCCCAAGCUGAGUUGAAACAAUCUAAAAUUGAAAAAGAUGAGGAGGAAUCAUCUACUGAUCUACAAAAUAAAGAAGGACAGAAAGAUAGUGAAACUUGUGAGGAUUCUUUAAGUGAGUUAAGUGAAAGUGACAAAGAGAAAAUAAAAAAGUAUGAAGGGAUCUCAGAAGGCAACAUAAAAACAGCUGCUGCUGCUGCAAUUGCUGCUGCUGCUGUUAAAGCUAAGCACCUUGGUCAGGUUGAAGAGAGAAAGAUAAAAAGUCUUGUAGCUCUCCUAGUUGAAACACAAAUGAAGAAACUAGAAAUUAAAUUACGUCAUUUCGAAGAAUUAGAAACGAUUAUGGAUAAAGAACGAGAAAUUCUAGAACAACAGCGUCAGGCCCUAGUGAAAGAACGCCAACAAUUGUUUAUGGACCAGUUAAAAAUGCAAGAAGCACGGGCUUCAAAUGUUCCUGUGGAAAUACAGUCUCACCCUCCAUCUAUCACUCCUGUAGUCCCUUCUUCUACACCAUCGGCUGAUGAAAGGGCUCCUGCGAGUAGUAAUUGCAGUGACUUGAAGAGAUUUACUGAAAAUAAAAUUCCUGGACCAGAUUUUUUUCAACUCCAGAUGACUUCUGCGAGAUCUAAUUCAAGCGUAUCAGUAUUGUCUCCUACAAGUGAUCGUAUUUCAGACAAUUCAUCUACGUCAUCUUUAGUCGCUAAUGAGUUAAUGGUGGCGAAAACACCUUUACCAUUAGGAUGCAUUCAGCAAGACGAGAAAAAACAAGUUUCUGAUUUGCCUCCAUACUCUGUUCCGCCACCAUUACCUAUACCUGCAGUUAGAGGUGCGCGAGGUGGCCGAGGAAGUCGUUCUAAAGCAAACCGUGCAAAUGCUCAAGUUAAUAACGAUAUACAACAGCAUCAUCCAUCUGCGCCAUAUCUGACCGGAGGUAUGCCUCCAUAUCCUGGGUAUGGAGGCUUUCCUGGUCAACAAAUUCCUGGCAUGGCUCCAGGGAUGCAAGGGUUUCCUCCUAACUCAAUGAUGCAACCAGGAGCUGGAAUGAUGCCUCAAAUAAAUCCAUCUCAAUUCUCAUCUGGUCAGUACCCACCAGGACUUAAUAGUCAAUUUCCACCACUAUGACUAGGGGUACAAAUACCACGAGCUGAUUCUCCAAAUAAUAUGCCUUAAUUUUGUUACAAAAAUGCUUAAUACGAAGUUUUUUGUACUUCACCUAGGCACAUUUUUUGAUGUAAAAUUAUUUAGUCGCAUAAAGUUAUUGAAAAAUUUAUUAAAACUAAUAUAAAUA